GUCUUCUUUUGGUUCAUUUGAUUCUCUCAAGAAUUGUUCCUACAUAUUACGGGGUCGCCUGACCCCAUUCAUAUCCGGAGCGCGCAUACCGAAGAUAUAUGGGUACUAAGGUGAAAGGCUUUUUCAAAGGCUUCAAAAACAUCUCAAAUAUUUUCGAUGAUGAUGAAGAACCAGAAAUACAGAUCGGUAUGCCCACGGACGUGAAGCACAUUGCUCAUAUUGGUGCUGAUGGACCCGCCACCGAAUCUCCCAGUUGGAUGAAGGGGUAUGAUAGCGGACAAAGUCACUCAGGAUCAAUGGAGGGCCCUGAUAUGAAAAGAGGUAACAAAAACCAUAGGAGUACUCGAAGUGAAGAAUUAACAAGAGACCUUUCAGAUGUGCCCAAAACAACUCGACACCGUCAUCAUCGCUCGAUGGACAAUUCUAUGGAUCCUGAUUCCCAGUCAUCAGCCAAACCGAAGCACAGGAGACACCGCAGGAUCAUUCGACGGUCCCAUGAGAAAGGGGAAUUGCCAGACAUCCCCAAGAGGACGAGACGAAGGAGACCAAUUAAGGACGAUGAAGGGUCAAGAUAGUGAAUCUUCGAGCCAUGAACCCCGUUGGGUAUUAUAAACCGCGACUAAGAUCAUCCUACAACAAAACUCAACAACUUAGAUUGCAAAUAGGGAGGAAGUAAAGACACUUUGGAUCUUCACUGGUUUAUGAAACAUGACCAAAAAUGUUGGAUAUAUGUACCAUUCCAAUCCUCCCUUUUCCUAUCUAAGUAUGCACUUCCAAUUUUAUUAUUGUAAGAUGAAUCUAUGAAUAAUAUGCCGGUUUAUUCGGUUUUAAUAAAAAUCUUCUUCUUGUGUCUUUAA